AUGCCUUCUUCGCUGCCGGACAGCGUCCGAUGGCUGCUCGAACCCGUGAUAUUGCUACGCGCCUUCUACCUCGCCGCCGCCGCUCUUGUAACCUCUCAACCGCCCUCCCCAAUCCUCGCCAUCCAGCUCCUUCACCCCCUGAGAAACCGCUUUCUCGUCUACGGUUCACGUGAGGCCAUCUCCGCUUCCUCGUCCGGACCGCAAGCUGCUACCGAAAAGCGCUCGUCAACGGUAGAUCAGCUUCUAGACUCUCUGGCAAGUCUGCGCGUGCCCCACGGCUACUUUACGCACUUCUACCUCGUGUCAUGCCUCUCUACUGUCGCCUGGGGCUCCACCAUCGGCCUUUCCAACAUGUGCCAGGGCGUUCAACUUGCGUGGCUCCUCAUGAUGCUACAGGGCAUCCGCCGCUUGCUCGAGUCGUACGCCUACAUGUCGUCAAGCAAGAGCACCAUGUGGAUUGGGCACUGGGUCCUGGGAGUGCUCUUCUAUCUCACCGUCAAUGUAGCCAUCUGGAUCGAGGACGUACCUGACUCCGAGGGGAGUCAAAAGCCGUCCUUCAGGGUGAUGCUCGUCGCUCCCGCAAUCCUCAUAUCCCAGGCACUUCAGCAUUCGUACCACGCCUACCUCUACCGCCUUCGCACCUCCCAUUCCACCUACCAGUUGCCAUGCCACCCUUUGUUUCCUAGCCUCCUGUGUCCUCAUUACACAUGCGAGAUCCUCAUCUAUCUGCUCAUGGCGUUCCUUGCCGUGCCGACUCCAAAGCAGGUAAACUGGACGCUGCUAUGUGCCACGGCACUGGUGGCGGUGAAUCUGGGCGUUACGGCUAGCGGCACAAAGGUUUGGUACGAGCAGCGAUUCGGGGCGGACAAGGUACGCUCCAGGAGGCGAAUGAUCCCAUGGCUUUGGUGA